CACCCGUCUACAUUCACGAGAACCCGCACGCAGCUGUCAGUAGGAAAUGCUGUCCGUGUUGGAUGGAUGCACCCUGCGGCUGUACCAGGAUAAAUUUAUGACACAUAGCGUGUUCUUUAAUUCAGAAUGUAAACGUUUUACCUAAACGGUCGCCUUUAUUUAAUGGGAGUAAAUGCAGUAAUUCCGCAAAUCUUUUUGAGACAUUUAGCUAGCCAGUAAAACGGGACACUAACAGCCGUAAUGCUAAUAGCUACAUUAGGCUAAUAUAAGCUAAGUUAGCCGGACGGUUGCUCCUCUCACUGCUCAGCCCGUGUAGCGGUUCCGAUCCGGGGACUAGCCUGUUCAUAUUCUCUGCAAACGCAAUAGUUUUUGCUGAAACCGGAGCUGUGGCGGGGAAAGGUGACCGCAGCAACCCCCUGGCUAUCCAGGCGGACGGACCGCAGUGACACGCCGGUUGUUGAGACCUGAAAUUGGAGCCAUGGCUGAGCUGUCCACCUUGCCUCCUUCUCCACCUCAGCUGGGCGACCCCAGUGCCGCUCCAGCUUCCAGCUGCCCCGACUCUGUGAAUGAGCUGCCUCUGCCGAAGUCUUCCCUCUACAACGACAAAGCUUUGACUGGAAACACUUCUUCAGCACUUUCAAGAGGUCCGACCACGACUGCUCAACCUGAGACAGAGGAGCCAGCAGGGAAGAAUCAGGAAACGGCGACCGGCGGCCAAUCUGUUGCAGAGUCCGGUUCUUCCCAACCUGCAGCCCAGAUAAAAACCACGCAGGAGCCGUUGUCUCCGGAUUUAAACCCUGGCCCCAAUCUGUACCCGAGCGUCCAUGUUUCCUCUAACCCGGACCCCGUCAUCGACGUCGCUCAGCCGCAAACCAGUACAGAUUUCAACCCUGCAACAUCAUCGACUGACGAUCAGGAGAAACCUCAGCCGCCACCGCAAGCACAAAAACCUCAAAAUGAGCUGCCGCCACCGCCGUCCCCAAACCCGGAUCCGGUCGCUGAAGAGCUGCCGACUACGUCCACCAGAGCGGCGCCGUCGAGCCCAACUUUGCCUGUGAUCAAAGAGCCAGUCGGCCCGCUGUCGUACCCCAAACCAAAACCGGCGCCGGACACGCUUAGCUACCUGGACUCGGCCAGCCUGAUGUCAGGAACGCUGGAGUCGCUGUCCGGGUUGGGAGAGGACGGGAGCUCUGUGGGCUCAGACUCUGAGAUCAACGGGCUCACCUUGAGACGCACCGAUAAGUACGGGUUCCUGGGUGGCAAUCAGUACAGCGACAGUGGUGAAAAGGAAGUUCGAGUUGAAGUUGCGAGGCAAAGGGAGUUGAAGUGGCUGGACAUGUUCUGCCACUGGGACAAGUGGGUCAAACAUCGCUUCCAAAAGGUGAAGCUGCGCUGCAGGAAGGGAAUCCCGUCGUCCCUCAGAUCCAAAGCCUGGCAGCUGCUGUCCGACAGCCAAGAGCUGCUGGAGGCAAACCCGGGAAAAUUUGAUGAGCUGGAGAGAGAGCCGGGUGAGGCUAAAUGGCUGGACAUCAUCGAGAAAGAUCUCCACCGGCAGUUUCCUUUUCACGAGAUGUUUGCUGCGCGCGGCGGUCAUGGGCAGCAGGAUUUGUACCGCAUCCUGAAGGCCUACACCGUGUACCGGCCUGAUGAGGGCUACUGCCAGGCCCAGGCUCCCGUGGCGGCGGUGCUGCUCAUGCACAUGCCUGCAGAGCAAGCUUUCUGGUGCCUGGUCCAGAUUUGUGAGAAGUAUCUCCCUGGCUACUACAGCGCCGGCCUGGAAGCGAUUCAGCUGGACGGCGAGAUCUUUUUCUCUCUCCUGCGGCGCACGUGUCCGAUGGCGUACCGCCACCUCAAGAAAUUCAAGAUUGACCCGAUCCUCUACAUGACGGAGUGGUUCAUGUGCAUAUUCUCACGCACCCUGCCGUGGUCCUCUGUGCUGCGUGUCUGGGACAUGUUUUUCUGUGAAGGAGUGAAGAUAAUAUUUCGCGUGGGCUUGGUGCUGCUGAAGCAGAUGCUGGGCUCGGUGGAUAAACUCCGGGAACUGCAGGGAAUGUACGAGACCAUGGAGCGGCUCAGGAACAUCUCACCCGACACCAUCCGGGAGGACGUGCUGGUGCAGGAGAUCAUAAUGCUGCCGGUGACCGAGGCGCUCAUCGAGAAGGAGUGCAGCGUCCAGGUGAGGAAGUGGAAGGAGUCCAGAGGUGAGCUGACCCACAAACCGGGCCGCCGGCUCCACGGCACCAGAGCCAUCUUUGAGUACAAGCGCCGGGCGUCGUCCAUCAGCUCAGGCGGCAGCUUUUCCUUCCUGGGCAGCUCUGCGCCGCCGCCAGGGCCGCUGCGCGCUUCGUCCAGCCUCCUCUCCCUGCCCGGUUUCCGGAAAUCCAGAGCUCCCUUCUUCUCCCAGCCUAAAAAAAUCUCCUUCUCCGGUCCUUCUGGGGCGGAGAGUCAGUCGCCUGUCGCCUCAUUGUCAGGCCAGAAGCCGCCAAUCCCUCCGAGCGCGGCUCCGAAGGCGGCAACGCCGCACGUCCAGAGCCCGUUAGCCGCGGAGAGCAGCUCAGCACAAAUCCAGCCGGCUCCGCCAAACACUCUGUCGCCGAAGAUCGUUUCAGAGCAGAUCACUCCCACAAUCCCAUCGCCGACAGCCAACAACGCGCCGCUGCAACCGCAGCUGCCGCCGCCGCAACCGCCGCCGCAACCGCCAAAAGAAACAACCCCAUCUGUGUCCGGAGAGGACGAAGGGAAGAAGAAGAAGAAAAGCAAAGAAGACAAGAAGAAGGAAAAGGAAGAUGAGAAGAAAAAGAUGAAGGAGAAGAAAGAGAAGGAGAAAGUUGAAAAGGAGAAAGCGAAGAAGGAAAAGGAGAAGAAGAAAGCGGGGAAGAAAAAGGACAAAGGGACGGAGGAGAACGGAGCGACGGCCGCGGCGAAAGAUUCAACCUAG